AUGAUGUUUUUCAUCGUGGACGGACGUGUAACUAUUGAAAAGGAAAAUUCUCAGUUGCAAUUAGGCGCAGGAUAUCUUUAUGGAGAGGAACUUCUAGUUUCGCCGUUGUGGACUUCCUCUGGUGAUGCAAAACCCAUAAACGAGUCUGUUCGGGCCAUUGAUGAUGUUCAAGCCCUUGUUCUCUCUGCCACAGACAUGGCGACCUUGGGCUUUAGUUCCAGGCGGUCUAUCAACGAUUUGCGCAUGGUGGUAACUAUUCUUCAGAAAGUGCCAAAACUUGAAACUAUGGAUAAACAAGUAUUGAAAGCAAUGUCUCAUCAUCUUUCUUCGGUUAGCUAUAAACGCGACGACUAUAUUGUUCGAGAGAACCAACCAAUAGUCUCUAGGUUCAUGUCGCAUUUCAGCAAUUUUGCCUCUCCCUCAGAUGUCCGGUUGACUUGGCUAAAGAAAGUGGAAAUCUUUCAACAAAUGGAGGAACAAGUGUUGGAAGCAAUAUCCAAGUGCCUUAAGCCCAUGAACUUCAAUGUUGCCAAGCGCCAUAUUCUUCAAGAGAAAAAACCACUUAAAAUGAUGUGCUUCGUCAUGCGAGGAGUUGUAUCAAUUGAAAGCGAUAGUGCUAUGGACGUGAACGUUAAAAAAACCUGUGAAAUAGGAAGUUUCUACGGUGAAGAACUUGUACAUUGGGUUACAACUUGGGUAUCACACAAGCCCUUUCCUGCCAAACUACCUCUAUCACCUGGUUCUGCGCUAUGCGGCGUGCUUGGUGGUUCUGUCGAAAUCCUUGCUCUCAAAGCCGACGACUUGAAGAGUGUAGUCUCUGAUCAAUUCAGGUCGAAAUUCAGCAUGGAAACCGCCCUCGCUACAGAUUCUGAUCAGCCUCGAGAACCAUUGACCAUCCUAAAGAAUGUGGAAAGCCUUGAGGCUAUGGAUGAGGAAGUGUUGAAAGAAAUAUGCGACCAUCUUACCAAAAAAACGUAUAAAGAUGAGUACAUUAUUCUGAAGGACAAACAAAUGGAAAUGAUGUUCUUCAUCGUCGGUGGAGUUGUGUCAGUGACAAACGAGAGCUCGAAACAUUACAUCAGAGAAGGAGAACGUCCAAAUCACAGUGGAGAUGAACUUAUACAACAUUGGAUGCGAUCUAAAUGUACGGAAGCUAACGUUCCUGCCGAAUUGCCCCCCUCUCCUUUUAGUUUUUGGGCCAUCGGUGAAGUUGAAGUUCUGGUUCUUAAGGCCGAAGACUUGGCAAGGGUUCAGCCUGGUGAUCGAAUUGGUUCUUGAAGAAAUGGCAAGGAAAGAGUGAUGGCACGAUUACUUUUCCAAGGACAGGUUUGGUUUGCAAUUAAACAAAUCUGGUGAAGGCAUGUGUGUGUGUAUUUUUGUAUGCAGCCCCGCCUUAGUUGUGACCUUUGUUGGAAAAGAUAGGACGGUGGGGUAAUUGGUUGUACAUUAUUGUGUGGAGAUGUUGUGUACGUACUUUCUUUUUUUGACUGAAUUUUCCUCUGGGGAUUGUUUAUUAAAAAAGAAUUAUUAUUUU